UGUAAUGCUGCUGUUGUGUGGUGUGUUUUUUUUCGUGAAAGAAUGUUUUUUGUUGACUUCUUCUCCUCUCUUUUUCCUCUAACUAGUCCGACUGCAUUCCAAUGUAGGUUCCCAUGGACGUGGGGUCUCUUUUCGCGCGCGCGGCAUUAGAACCUCUCCUGGGGCCGCGCGGAUCGAUGCAUGGGAGAGAGUCAGAGAGAGAGUCUCUCUGCUGUCCAGGUGAUGCGAUCUCUCUUCCACUCACGGUUUGUUUGCACGGGAGGACGUGAGCAGACGGACGAGACGCACACACACACGCGCACGCGAUGGAUUUGGUGCAAAUGCACUCUGGCGCGCGAGAGGAGAGAAAAGUGGUGGAAAUGUACUCUUGCACAGCAUCUCGGUGGUCCAUGGGAGAGACAUGUUUCCACUGCACUUCGAUCCAUUGUGUCUCUCACAGUCGUCCGGAGUGCUUGCCAAGCAGAGGCUCUCGAGCAGUGUGUGUUUAGAAGAGUGUGAUUGGGUGUUGAGGAUUUUAUUUAGAGGAAGAAGUUGUGUGUUGAAGACUGGCAAAAGAAGAAGAAUAUUGUCUCUGAGAAUUACAAAUGCUAACUCUCGAUCUUCUUCUGAGGGCUAAAAUGGCAGUAUGUCAAUUGCUGCCAAAAAUUCACAAAUACACAAAUCCAGGCUACGAUUGUUGUGACAAUCGCACGAGAGAGAGUGGUGAAAGUGCAACGGAUGUUGGCUCUGGCUCAUCAUCUACUGCUGCCAGUUCAAAUUCUCAAGCCGUUGUAGGCAGCAGUGAUGAUGUGGGACCGACGAUAAAUCGCGCUCAGGCGAUCGCCUGUCGUCCGACGCCCGUCAUGUCCACAAUUGAGGAGUUGCAUCGCGAGGAGAAUCGUCUGCUGACGUUCGAGAAUUGGAGUGUUGAGUUUAUUGAUCGGCAGAAGCUGGCGCUGCUGGGAUUCUACUUCCUCGGCUAUCAGGAUGUGGUGAAGUGUGCGUUCUGUCGUGUGGAGAUCGGCAGGUGGGAGCCGGCUGAUGAUGUCUUCACCGAGCACUACCGCUGGAGUACAAAUUGUCCACUGUUGCGUCGUCGUCCCACCGCCAAUGUUCCUAUUGACGCCGAGGCGCUCAAUCGCGUGCUGCCCAGCGUCUCGUACGACACGUGCGGCCCGUGCGGCGUGACAACGCAGCGUCCGGCCGCUUUCGCUGAGGCGUCACAUCCCAGCAUCAGCACGGACACAUUCACGCCGGCCGCGGUGUUCUUCAGUCCGCCGCGGCGCUGCGACUAUGCCGAGUUGGAGAUUGAGGCCAAUCGGCUGGCCACGUUUCGUGAGUGGCCGCGGAAUCUCAAGAUGAAGCCCGAGGAGCUGUGCGACGCUGGCUUCUUCUACACAGGCAUUGGCGAUCGCGUGCAGUGCUUCAGCUGCGGCGGUGGCCUCAAGGAUUGGGAGGACAAUGACUGCGCCUGGGAGCAGCACGCGCGGUGGUAUGACAACUGCGAGUAUCUCAAGUUGAUCAAGGGCCAGAAGUACAUUGAUGAGGUGAAGGCGAAGAAUGCACAGACACUCAGUCCGUCUGAGGGACUGCAAGAGUGCUCUGCGUCGUCCAGCGUCUCGCCCGUGGCGGUGGUCAAGGAGCAGGAGAGCCCCAAAGUUGAGGAUGUGGCGACGACGGUGAAGCCGAUCGGGGCGUCAGCGGGUGAUGCGCUUGAGAAUAAGCUUUGCAAAAUAUGCUUCGUUAAUGAGUACAACACGGCUUUUUUGCCAUGCGGUCACGUUGUUGCGUGCGCCAAGUGUGCAUCGUCAGUCACGAGUUGCCCACUGUGCCGGGAACCGUUCACCACAGUGACAAGGAUAUACUUUUCAUAGACAGAAUGAUGAUGAUGAAUUAUUUAACAAUGUUUUUGUAUAAAAUCUUCCUUACUAGUCCAACCCAUGCAAAUCAUUUUUCUCUGCUCGCGUUGCGCUCACGCUGAUCACGUGAGUUAUUGGCGUGAGCGCGACAAUCACUCGAUUAAGCGUAAAAUUAUAUACUAUGUAUAGAGCGUAUAUGAAAAUAUUCAAGAUGAUACCUUUUUUCGUGUUAGUUAUUAUGAUUUAUUGCUUAUUAAAAAAGAAAACCAUCAAAAAAGAAGAAAUACUGAAAUGAUGCGUUAGAUUAACUCUUUUUUUUCAAUUGAUUUAGUGUAAGCUUUGAAGAAUAAAAUAUGUGAAAUUGAAA